UCCACCUGGGGAGGAGCUUCUUGAUAUCUCGAAGCUAGGGAUAUCGGAACAGAUUGUGUCUGCGCUCUCUCGCCGAGGAAUUACUGAGCUUUUUCCUAUUCAGAGAGCUGUAUUGGAGCCACUCAUGGAGGGACGGGACAUGAUUGGAAGGGCUAUUACUGGGUCAGGAAAGACUCUAGCAUUUGGUAUUCCGAUAUUGGAUAAGAUUAUCCGACACCAAAGUCAGAGCAGGAAGAAAAGAGUUCCCUCUGCUCUGGUAUUGGCACCUACACGUGAACUUGCACGACAGGUGCAACAAGAGUUCAAAGUAUCCGCUCCAAAUUUGAGCAGCACUUGUCUCUAUGGUGGUAUAUCAAUUUCAAAUCAAGUAAGGACAUUAGGGUUUGGCAUUGACAUUGCUGUUGGGACCCCUGGAAGAAUUAUCGACUUAGUUGAACGAGGUGCCUUGGAUCUAUCUGAAGUCAAGUUUGUUGUAUUGGAUGAAGCUGAUCAGAUGUUGGCUAUUGGUUUUCAAGAGGAUGUUGAAUGUAUCCUGGGUUACUUACCGGCAAGAAAGCAGUGCAUGUUGUUCUCAGCUACCAUGCCUUCAUGGGUUAAUGAUCUAUCUAGGAAGUUCCUGAGAGACCCCUUAGUAGUCGACCUGGUUGGUAAGAGUGAUCAAAAGUUAGCGGAGGGUAUUACUCUCUAUUCAAUCGCAUCCUCUAAUUCCAAUAAACAAAAUCUUCUUCCCACUUUGAUCUCUAAAUAUGGACAAGGAGGUAAAAGUAUAAUUUUCACAAGAACAAAGAAAGACGCCGAGUCACUCUCAAGGACCAUGAGGAGCAUAGUUGGAAGCAAAGCAUUGCAUGGUGAUAUGCAGCAGCUGCAAAGGGACCGAACUCUUGCUGCUUUUCGUGACGGAAGAUUUGAUGUGCUGGUUGCUACUGAUGUUGCUGCACGUGGUCUUGAUAUUCCCAAUGUAGACCUGGUUAUCCAUUUUGAAAUGCCAAACAGUUCUGAGUUUUUCGUUCAUAGAUCAGGUCGUACUGGCCGAGCUGGAAACAAGGGAACUGCGAUUCUUAUGUUCAGUGAAAGCCAGCGGCGUACGGUCAGAUCAAUGGAACGAGAACUUGGAUUCAAAUUUGAAGAGCUCCGUGGAAUUACCAGCAGUGUUGGUAUGAGAAGAGAAGUAGAAGAAAGCUUUUAUGAGUCAGAUGAUGAUCUGGAUAGUCAAAAAAUUGACCGCCCUAACUACAGUAAGAACCGUCAAUAUGGGAACAUGAACAACUUCAGAAGCAACUAUGGAAGAUCUCGAGGAUCUAAUACAUCAAAGUACUCAGAGAGCAACUUUAGGGGAAAGAACUACUCAUCAAGCAAUUCUGAGCCCAGGAAUGGCCGUCAAAGUCAAAGUUAUGGUCAGGCCAGAACCCAGUUGGGCAAGUAUGGUGAUUAUGGGCAAACCGACUCUCGAUGGUCUUCAAGAUUCGGUGCACGAGAAAGAUCAAGUGCCUCGGACAGGAUGAAUGGUAACAGAUCAAGUGCCCCUGACCCGCGAUGGUCUUCAAGAUUCGGUGUAGGGGAAAGAUCAAGCGCCUCUGACAGGACGUAUGGUAACAGAACGAGGCAGAGGGGAGCAAGGCAACGAUCCACCUCCCAGAGCGAUGAUUUUGAUUUUGAUGGCUUGCUUGACUUGUUUAAGGAUAAUUAAGAUUAAAGGAAAAACAACAGGUCUCAGUUCGCAUUUUUGGGAUGGUCUAAUUGCAGAUCUUGUUGUGAAGAAGUGGAUUAGGAGCGCUUCCACGUUCUAAAGGAUUGAGAUUUCGAAAUAUAGGUCAUUCCGAUCUACGAUUGAUCUUCAUCGAGUAUAUUUUAUGGAUGCUUGAUCAGAGAGCGGCAUGAGCUGAGGUUUACCGAAUUGAUGUUCCUAUUUGCAGUUGUUUACCGCAAGACCAUGAAACUGGACAUGUAGCUUAUACUAUAGAACUUUAUUCCUUAUUCUGCGUAAUUUUUUCAUAUAUAGAUUUCGAUAUUCUAUUCUAGCA